AUGGAUACUACAAAGAAGCCCAAUAUCCUUUACAUUAUGGCAGACCAGAUGGCUGCCCCCCUUCUCUCUAUUUACAACUCUUCCUCCCGGAUCAAAACCCCUAAUAUCGAGACGCUUGCGGAAUCCGGCGUGGUUUUUGAGUCAGCAUACUGCAACUCUCCUCUCUGCGCACCCUCGCGCUUCACUAUGGUCAGCGGACAGCUUCCAUCACGAAUUGGUGGUUACGACAACGCCAGUGAUCUCCCAGCCGACACCCCUACAUAUUCCCAUUACCUGCGAGCGCAAGGCUAUCACACAGCACUGUCUGGGAAGAUGCAUUUUGCAGGACCCGACCAGCUACACGGGUAUGAGGAACGACUAACUAGCGACAUUUAUCCUGGUGAUUACGGAUGGACUGUGGAUUGGGAUCAGCCGGAGCUGCGCAAAGACUGGUAUCAUGACAUGUCCUCAGUGAUGGAAGCUGGCCCGUGCGUUCGCAGUAACCAGCUCGAUUUCGACGACGAAGUGGUUCACAAAGCUACGCAAUACCUCUAUGACCACGUUCGCUACCGUACUGGUCAGCCAUUUUGCCUUACUGUUUCCAUGACACAUCCACAUGAUCCUUAUACUAUGACCAAAGACUACUGGGAUAUGUAUGAAGAUGUGGAUAUCCCACUUCCCCAGACUCCUGCGCUCCCCCAAGACAAGCUUGAUCCGCACUCACAGCGCGUAAUGAAGAUUGUCGAUUUGUGGGACAGGGAAAUCCCUGAAGAGCGUAUCAAGGCUGCCCGUCGCGCUUAUUUUGCUGCUUGUACCUAUGUGGAUACGCAAAUUGGCAAGCUGAUGACCGUUUUGAAGAAUUGUGGCUUAGCGGAUGAUACCAUUGUUGUAUUUACAGGAGACCACGGCGAUAUGCUUGGAGAAAAGGGGCUGUGGUACAAGAUGGUGUGGUAUGAAAUGUCUGCCAGGGUGCCAAUGAUUGUAUCUGCUCCUGGAAAGUACCAACCGAAACGGGUCAAAGAGAAUGUAUCUACUAUGGAUCUACUACCCACAUUCGUUGCUAUGAGUGGUGGCUCUGUUGACCCCACCUUGCCGCUUGAUGGUGUCUCAUUGAUGCCUUACCUCGACGAGAGCUCCAGUGGUGAGAAGACCGAUACAGUAUUGGGAGAGUACAUGGCAGAAGGUACAUUGGCUCCAGUAGUCAUGAUCCGUCGCGGCCCAUGGAAAUUCAUCUACUCGCCCAUUGAUCCGCCCAUGCUCUUCAAUGUGGAGGCCGAUCCUACCGAGUCUACCAAUCUUGCUGAAGGUAUCCAACUGCCAUCCCAUCACGUGGCAGUGAAAGAUAGCUGUCCCCAAGCAGCAGCGCCUCCAAAACCCACAGGCCCAGCGCCGCUUCCGACACCUGUGACGUCCCCCAGCCCUCAAACCCUACCCGUCCCAUUCUUUUCACAGUCAAACACUUCCAAUCCUGCCAUUUUCACUCCACCUCGCAGUCCAAGCCCCAACAAGGCUACCACCGUUGCGCGUGGUGCGAUUAAGCCUGCCGAACUAGCCGCCCUGCUAGCUUCGUUCCACGAAGAGGUUCACGCACGCUGGGACUUUAAGCGUAUCCAUCAAGAGGUUUUGCACUCUCAGCGCCGCCGUCGACUGGUAUAUUCUGCUCUGAUUGAAGGCAAAAUCACGGCCUGGGAUUACACGCCUCCAACAGAUGGAAGCCAGAUGUAUAUCCGCAACGUUGGACAGAGCGCGUUGGGAAAUGUUGAGUUUUUGAACCGCUGGCCAAGAGUUGGGAGGGAGGUGCAAUUUCGGCCAUGA